AGUUGCGUGCGUGAGAGUCCAAGUCGAAGAACUACGUUGUGCGCGCCGCCCUUUGGACGUGACGGUGUGCGUGUGCUACACCGUGUCACAGCCCUCGGAGACGCGACUGUUUCCCUGCUUCUUUCUUUCAUACACAUAUAUAUAUAUAUAUAUAUAUAUAUAUACUAUAUAUAUAUAUAUACUACUUACUAUAUAUAUAUAUAUAUAUACUUUCUAUACACAUAUAUAUAUAUAUAUAUAUAUAUAUAUACAUUUUCUACAACGUGCUUUUCUUCUCUCCUCUCUUCUUCUUUUUCCUUUUCGCCCACGUUGUCUUGAAAAUCGGUCAACAAAGCGACACACGGGAUUUCGACUUCGACACCACUCCGCUGUUAUUGCGCUUGUUGUUCUUCGCGAAUGCCGGUUGAUACGGUGUGCGAGGGGCCGCGCCCGCCAGGGCGUCGCUCCAUCCACCUCUACGGCCUACCUCCUGUACGUACGUACCCCGCCGGUGCAACGGAUGCCACCGCGCUGAAGUCCACCGGCAUUGGCGUGCUCGACUCGACUGGCUCGAUGACGCAGCCCAGUAUUAACUCGACCUCUCCUCGCCGUCCCGUGGCUGCGGUGCUGUCAUUGGACGCUGCUGCUGCUGAUGCUGGUGGGGCGGAGGCGCGUGCUGGGCGCCCACACAACGGAGCCGAACCCGUCGUGACGACCUCGCCGCGACACCUUCGUGGUCGAUUGAACGAAGGGACGGUGCACCGUGCCCCACACGUUGUGUCCACCGCCGCGAGCUACGCCAUCCCUCGCAGCAUGGCCGCCACUCGAGCGCAGUCGCGUGAGGCGAGCAAAGGACGAGGUCCCACCUUCGGCCCCUCCGUCGUCUCAUGGGUGCACGUGGCGAGCGGGGAAGCGGCACAGUUGAAGCGCAACACCGCGUCGAGGGACGAUAGCAGGAACAGCAGCCGCAACGGAGCUUCACAGCCGGCGUCGCGUACGUCGCGCGCGCCGAACACGGCCGCGGCGGCUGAGAUAACACAGAUGGUAAACGACGCUUCUAUGCGAAAUACGUGGGCGAUGCGCUUUGCGAACACGGCGGUGCUGCGCCAGGCCGUCAGCACCAACACGGACACCUACACGCACUUCGAGGAGGCGCUCCUGGCGGAGCUGAACACGCUGCGACGGGCGCCAGCUGAGUACGCCGCGGUGGUGGAGCAUGAGGCGAAGGUAGGCGUCCCGUACGUGCGGGAGGAUGACAUCUACUUCAGUAGUGAAGCCGCCGCGGAGGACGCGGGCCUCAACCUGCGCCGUCGAAUGGAGCUCGAGGGGUCGCAGGAGGCGUCUUCCACCGCUGCCACCGCCGCCACCGCUGCGGCAGGCGCUGGUGGAACGCCGGCACCUACGGCUCGUUUCACAAGGACGUCGUCCAACGCCAGCAGCGUGUCCUCCAGAAACGGACCGUCCACGAACGGCCCUGCCACCGCCACCGCCGCCGCGUCCGCCGGAUCAGUCGCCGCCGCCACAUCGCCGACGGGGAAUGAGCGGAAGAAGAUGAAGAAGCGGUAUAGCAACAACGUUGCCGCAGGGGCAGCAGCAGGAGCCGUAGGCGCUCGUGUCACCGUCCUCGCGAAGGACGGCAAAAGCGCCGCGGCCGAUCCGAAAGACGCUGCGUCGAAGCUGAAAGAAGGGGAGAAACCGCACACCACGGAGCAGCAGCAGCAGUCGGAACAGGAAACACCCGGGAAGGUGACCCUGCGCUCGCCGUCGCCCACAAGAGCGGGCCCAACAGAGCUGACACUGGCGGAGCUGCGGCACCAAUUCCGCUGUCAACAGCGCUACCGUGCCGCGCUCGAGACGUCGCUGAAGGAGCUGAAGGCGGAGCAGCGGCAAGUCGAAGCGGCGCAGUUGGCCACCUGGGCAGCCGAGGAUGAAAAGGCCCAGAAGCGCGCACGUAGGUCAACGGGAAACACGCCAGCUAUGGGGACCGCUGCAGGUGGCGGUGGUGGUGUUGGCGGCAGCUCCGCCGCUUCGUUCCCCGUCGCCGGUGCGGCCGGCGCCGGUGGCGUACACAAGAAUAUCAGCUCCAUCGCUGCUGCCCGCCGCGGCAGUCCCGCCGUCGACGAGACGCUCGCGCUGCGGCGCGGCGAGGAGGCGGCGUUGACGCACCGGAUCUACGAGGAGCGGGUUAACCGACUCGACGUGGAGCUUCAGCGGGCCCGCAGCGCGUGCCAGCGCAGCCUCGCCGGUGGCAAUCUGAUCUCCAGCGCGGUGCGCGUACUACGCGAGGCCCGGCCUGCGCCCCCUCUGAAGUGCAGUCGCGGGCUAUCGCUGGCAGCGCGGGACACGGCAGAGGUGUACUACGGUGAUGCGGAGCGUGUGUCGGCGCUGAGCGAGUUGUAUGCCCUCUCCCGUGCCACGCUGAUUGGGUUGUGCGAGGUGACGGGGUCGUCCUCGCCGAAGGCUGACAGCAGCGGUGUGGCAGCGCACACGUCAGCGGCAGCCACUGCACCCCACACGCUGGAGGAGCUGUCGCUGCAGGGCGGGCGGGGCACACCGGAUGAUGUCGAUGCCGCCACCGUGCCCCCCUCCGGCGUCUUCCCUAUCCUGUCGGAGGAGGCGCUGCUGCUGGCGCAGGUGGCACAGCGAGCAUGCACGACGUACGGCUACAUCUCCGACGAGGUGCGCGGGGCUCACCUGCAGGGCAUCGGCAGCCCUCGCACGUUGCUGCUGCAGUUCAUUGUGGGGUGCUUCACGCCGGUGGUGGACAUUGUGCACCAGCCAGGCGCGUCGACCUCUCCGCAGAGCCACGGCCACAAUAAAGACUUCGACAGCAGUGGAGUAGCGGCUGGGACGGCAGAUGCCGAUGGGGCGGCGAUGCGGUGCUACGCGGGUGUGCGCCUUCAUGGCAGCGUCUAUGCGGCUCGUCCCGAUGUGCUGUCGCCAAACGCGAGCGGCGAGGACGUUUACACCGCCGUGUUCGGUGCCAAGAGCGACCACACGAGCGUCUUGGCAGGGAGUAAGAAGGUAGACCACACAGCGGUGACGGCGAACGCGUCGCACACAAGCGAGGCUGCGGAAGACGCGAUGCAGCGCCUGUGGCCUCUGCUGUGGUCCGGCGCAUCGACCGUUGGGUGUGGCUGGCAGCAGGUGCGGGGGUGGCGACACGUGCCGACGUACGCGGAGGCCCGUCAAAUGAUGGAGGCCGAACAGCACGACAGCUCGCUGAUGCAAAAGCACGAGACAGCCGUCACGGUGACGACACCGGCAGCAGGAGUGUUCGAUGGCGCAUCUCGCAAUGCGAACCACUACGUAGAGCACGAAGGCCAAACGGCGGUAAUUUGUUCUACGCUCUUGUUGGCCUCUGGUUUCGAGGAGUACGAGGUGGGCCGUGCGUGCAGCGGCAUGACCCCUGCUGCCACACGCCGCGUCUUUCUCGAGCCCACCAACGACGCCGAUGAAGGAGUCAUGAGCAGCGGUGGCAGAGCCAACGAUGCGCGCCGUGCCGCGGUCGAAGUCCACAGCGCGUUGGGUGUUACGCUGCUUACCCCUACGAUGCACCCCGUCAUCGUCCCUCCCUCGCCAGCACCGUCUCGGCCGCGUCGUACGGACGGCAGCGGCGCGGUGGUCUGCGUGGCGGUACGCGUGCCCUACGCGGAUGAAGGCGGCAACGAGGAGUCCGCCGUGACAGCGCGAUCGUUAGCGUUGAUGAGUGGAACGUCCGUGUCAGCGGCUAUUCGAGUAGUGGCGCUGAUCACCCGGCAGAGCGAUCCUACGCCGUCGUGUCCGAGCGUGAACCCCGCCGAGGUGCUCCUCGAGCGCAGCCCGGCCGAUCCGUCGGUGUGGCUCGUUCUUGUGAACACUGCUGCCGCCUUUGCUCAUCACGGCGACGUCGACGGUGCCCAACCUGUGCCAUUGGCUCUGCAUCUUUUUGCGAAGGACAUGCGGGAUGCGACGGGCGCCUACGAGCACGUCGCGUUUAUUCGGUUGCAGCAGGGACACGAGGGCAGCGCAUCGCCCGCGGCGGCGCGUGACACCUGCCCCUCCGUGUUGAUCGCACCGGAGUGGCGAUACUUGUUAAAAGGGCUGUCCUGCCUGCCUUGCACGAUGACGCCACCACCAACGACGGCCACCCCCGCAGCCCUCCAGAGCACAACAUCCAUCUCGGCAGCUUCAUCCGGCGCGGCCACGCCGGCUGGAUGGGCGGUGCUGCACGAGCCGCUGCUGAGCCGCGAUGGAGUGUUGCUGCACCCGCUCUCCUCGAACCUCCGCGCGUCGUGCCGCAGCGACGACGUCAGCGCCGUCCGGCCGAGCGACGCACGCGAUGGGAACCCCCUCACCGACCGCACCUGUUCGCUCGUCAGCGCCACGGAGAAUCGGGACACGCGUACGAUCGGGACGGGGGAGGCCGUUCACGUCGCGAUUCAGCUUCCCGCCCACGCUAACGCGCUGUGGUGGGGGCGUCGGGUGGCCGCGUUGCGUGCGACGCGCCAGCAGCUGGAGGCGGAGGUGGCGGUGGAAGCCGCCGGGUCGGAGACGGAGGACGCGGCGGCCGGUAGCAUGUCUACCACCAACCCAGGGAAUGGGGAAGGCAACAACGCCGCAGUGGACGGGCCGGCGGAUGCGGCAACGGGCGUCGCGGCCCGUAACGAGCAACCCGCCGCCAUCGAGUCGGUCGCUCCUUCCGACGCCGCCGAGAAGGCGGACUCGACUGCCAAUGCGGCUUCUGCCCCCUCCCCCACAUCACCGCUGUCCCUGUCCACCACAGCAGCCGGAACAUCAGCAGCAGCGGCAGCCGCCGCCACAGCAGUCCAUUCAAAGAAGGCGAGCAAUGGUUGUUCUACCGGGAAGAGAGGGGCCAGCAAUAAAAAUGCUGCUGGCGGCUACGAGGAAGGCGCUUCGCCGGAGAGGAAGGGUGCGCGAGGAAACUCCAAGGCGCCGACUCGCGUGAGCGCCGCUGCUGCUGGCGGAGGUACACCGUCCGCCCCCCUUCUCAACCCCCCCACAAAGGGUGGCGCCCCGUCUUCCUCCGCUGGACUGAUGCCAUCCCUCGGCAAUCGCCACACCUUAAAUCUCUUCCUGACUGUUGAAACACCUGAGAGCCCUGCCUUGUGCGAGUACGAGGCUCUACUGAAAUCGCCACCGCCGGCAUUGCCUCCACCCACCACGUCGUCGUCGACGACUCCUCUUUCCACGGCCAAGGCGAUCGGUGUGCCGGCGUACCUGCAGGCCGCGUGCAUCUCGCUCCCCGCCCUGCGCGUGCUCAGCGAGCGACUUCGCGCCGACGCGCAGAUUUGGCAGGCGCACCGCAGCCGUGUCCAGCCCUUCCUCGACAACGAACGGGUGCGGAUUGCCGGGGAGGCGACACGGAAGAGAGGAAAGGAGCAGCAGCGGCUGCAGCACGACCAGGACGACGUGACGAGCGAACUUGCCUCGAUGCAGCGGCGCGCAGAGGUGUUCCAGCAGGCGGUGCAGGGCACCUCCGAAGCGCUGCGAAAGCGGGAGCGGGCACAGGUGCUGCGUCGGGCGCGACUGUCCCGGGUCACGGCAGAGCUGGCGCACUUGGAGGAGUUUCUGGGCACGGCAGAGGACAACGCAGGAGAGAAGGGGGCGAUGCUGACGCCUCCACGAGUCGCGCUGCGGCUUUUCAACAAGGCGGCCGUGGCGGCGGGCAGCGGACGUAACGCUGCUGCCGCUGCUGCGGUGGCGGCUCAAGCGGCGACGCAGGACCCGCCAGCCGUGCACGAUGUGACGGUUGGGGCAGAGGGGAGAAGUAGCGGUGCGGAGUUCGUGUCUUCGUCCUUUUUUGGUGCUGCUGCGGUGACGACAGCGUCUGAGAAUGAAGUGGUGCUGCAGCCGCAGCCAGUGCUUCCGUUGUCCGUCUCCGCAAAGUCGUCCUCCUGCGACAAUCUGCCGGCGGUCGUGUACGCAGCGUCCUGCACCGUGCCGCCGUCCUUCUCUGGGCAGGCGACGCUGAUGAUCGACGAUGAGGUGGCUGUGACGUGGUCGCUAUAAAGGAGGUGAUGUAAAGGUAUGCAAAAACAAACACAAAUGAUCUAUAUAUACAUUAACGAUGAAGCUUUUUGUUUUUCCUCUUGUAUUGUUGUUGUCGAUCCCCACUCCGUCGUGCCCCGACCUACUUCACUGUUGCGUUGUCAGCGAUGGAGGCACGUCGGGCGGCAGCAUCAACAUGUAUGUCUGCAUUGGUUUGUAUGGAUAUGUAUUUAGCGUGAAUCCGGUCAACAACGCGCACCAUUGCGCGCACACCCUUGAUAAAGUGCAUGUAAAAUAGGAAAAACAACAACAUCAACAUCAAAACACUCCUGUUCUCUUUUAUGUUCAAUGGUUGUCACGUAUGCGUUGGCGGGCUUCGACGUGCGUAUCGAGUACCGAUGUGUCUACCCCUUCUUUGUUUUUUUCCCGGUUUGUGUUUCGCGUAUGUACAAGAGGAUGAAAGGAG